AUGUCUGCACCGCAAUAUUCUCAUCCAGAUCAGGGAUACCCGGCCGAAGAUGUCCCGGAAACAUUUGGGACCAACUUGACAUCUACGAAUGCAGCUGGACAACCAGAACAAGAGGGUGGGAAAAAGAAAAAAAGGGGAUACGCAGCUCAAGCUUACGAUUUUGGAGCCGGAGCUAAUUCAUCACUUGGUGGACAAACUCAAGGUGGUGUUCAAUUUCAACAGCAAGCUCCUGUCUAUGAUAGAUACCCGAUUCAGGGAGAGCCACAACCUCCGUAUGGUGCCUCUCAGUAUGGCGCGCAAGUGGGGCAGACUGGUUUAACAUCUGCAUCACCUGGGAACGUUCACACGGCCCCAUACGCUAACGUGGGAUACAAUCCACCAAAUGAUCCAGGCUAUUCAGGUGCUACUGCUCCGGCUGCAGCUGAUAUUUCUGGAAUCACUCAAGGAAUGGGCCAAAUGGGAAUGGCCGAUAUGAGCGGAGCACCUCCCCCAGGUAUACAGCAAAUGCCACCACAGGCUACUGCUCGACCGGUAGCUUUGAAUCAAUUAUAUCCUUCAGACUUGCUAAGCCAACCAUUUAAUGUUGCAGAACUUGAUUUACCGCCGCCUUCUAUUAUUCUUCCUCCUAAUUCAAGUGUCACCUCAUCUCUCAAUUCGAAUUGUCCUCAUAAAUAUGUCAGGUCAACACUAAAUGCCGUACCAACGACACAGUCGCUUUUAAAAAAGUCGAAGCUACCAUUUGCUCUAGUCAUUCAGCCAUACACAUCAUUACACGACGUGGAUGAUCCUGUUCCUAUUGUCCAAGAUCAAGUAAUAUCUCGUUGCCGAAGGUGCCGAUCCUACAUAAACCCGUUUGUUACUUUCUUAGACCAUGGUCAUAGGUGGAGGUGUAGUAUGUGUAAUCUCACCAAUGAUGUUCCCCAAGCCUUUGAUUGGGAUGCCUCUGCACAAAAGUCUAUCGACAGAUGGCAAAGACCCGAACUAAAUCACGCAGUAGUAGAAUUUGUCGCACCACAAGAAUAUAUGGUUCGGCCUCCACAACCAUUGGUAUACCUAUUUUUAUUUGACAUAAGCUUUGCCUCUAUUUCAUCAGGACUUCUGGCUACAAGUGCGAGGACUAUACUUGACAGUCUCAGUAGAAUACCUAACGCAGAUCGGCGGACUCGCGUUGGUUUCAUAGCAGUAGAUUCCAGCUUACACUACUUCGCCAUUCCAAAAGAUUCUGAAGAGAGUAGCGAACCUCAAAUGUUAGUUGUAAGCGACUUAGAUGAGCCCUUUUUGCCAGUACCUCAGGAGCUACUAGCUCCCUUAUCCGAAAGUCGGAACAACAUCGAAAACUUUUUAGUUUCUCUUCAGUCAAUGUUUCAAACAAAUCAAAACAGUGGCUCUUGUAUGGGCUCAGCCCUAAGAGCUGGGCACAAGCUUAUAUCGCCACUUGGAGGUAAAAUAGUCGUUAUUUCUGCUUCUCUUCCUAACAUGGGAUACGGGAAGCUUGAUAUGCGCGAAGACAAAAAACUUCUCGGUACAUCGAAGGAAAGCAGUCUCUUACAAACAGGAAAUAGCUUUUACAAAAGUUUUGCUGUUGAGUGUUCUAAAAACCAAGUCUCAAUUGACAUGUUUCUCUUUUCCUCUCAGUACCAAGAUGUGGCUUCUCUUAGCAAUCUUCCACGAUAUACUGGCGGACAAACCUACUUUUACCCUGGCUGGAAUGCCGGAAGGAGUGAAGACGCUAUAAAGUUCGCCUCUGAAUUCAGUGAUUACUUAUCAGCUGAAAUUGGGUUGGAAGCAGUACUUCGCGUUCGUGCUACGACCGGUCUAAGAAUGAGUACCUUCUACGGCAAUUUCUUUAAUCGUAGUUCAGACUUAUGCGCAUUUCCUGCAUUUCCCAGGGAUCAGAGCUAUGUGGUCGAGGUCGCUAUCGAUGAAAGUAUGACAAAAGCGUUUGUGUGCAUGCAGACAGCUGUCCUUCACACAACAAGUAAUGGCGAACGACGUAUCCGUGUCAUGACUUUAGCUCUACCAACUACAACUAGUAUCGCAGAUGUCUUUGCAUCAGCUGACCAAUGCGCAAUUACCACUUUCUUUAGUCACAAAGCUGUCGAAAGAGCCUUAAGCAGUGGUCUCGAACCGGCAAGAGAGGCUCUCCAGUCCAAGUUAAUCGAACUUCUCCAGACCUUUAAGAAAGAGGUCGCAGGAGGAAAUAUGGGCGGAGGGGGCCUACAGUUCCCGGCAAACUUACGUGGUCUCCCAGCGCUCUUUCUCGGGUUAAUUAAGAACGUUGGAAUUCGGAAAUCAGCUCAAAUACCUUCUGAUCUUCGGUCUGCAUCUCUUUGCCAACUGUCAACCCUGCCUCUUCGCCUACUUAUACAAUACAUCUAUCCCAGGUUAUAUUCAUUACAUGAUAUGCCUGAUAAUGCUGGUUUCACUGAUCCUGAGACCAGCCAGAUUGUUCUACCACCUCCUUGCAAUCUUUCCUCAGAACGUCUGGUAUCUUACGGUCUUUAUCUAAUCGACGAUGGACAAACUCAGUUUCUAUGGGUUGGCAGAGACGCUGUACCUCAACUUCUGGCUGAUGUUUUUGGCGUCACUGAUCGAACCAAGCUUAAGAUAGGCAAAAGCAGUUUACCAGAGCUCGAGAAUGACUUCAAUGAGCGUGUGCGGGCAAUAUUUCACAAGAGUCGAGAUCAUCGGUCAAGAAAUGUUGGGAGCAUCAUUUACCCACACUUGUAUGUUGUAAAGGAGGAUGGAGAUCCUAGCUUGAAGCUAUGGGCACAAACGCUUCUAGUAGAAGACAGAGCAGACCAGGGAAUGAGCUACCAACAGUGGCUAGGAAUAUUGAGAGAGAAGGUAAGAUCGCCUUCCAUACCUACUAAACGUUCUAAAGCAGAUAAACUGACUAAGAUUGUAGCUUGUGCAGUAACGAUAAGCUGGCUGAUGCCUCAGUAA